AAUGAUUUCCCAUGGUAGUUUUGUAAUGAAAACCACAAUUUUUUUGUGGGUAACAGUUUUUUGGGGUUCUAGUUAUACUUUUAUAGAGGGAAGACGUAUGUCAAGAGAAGAUUACUGGGAAGCAAAGCGAUUAGUGAAGCUUUCCCGUCGACCCAGUGUUAAGAGCAUUCAGGCUGAAAAUGGGGAUAUCUAUGAUUGCGUGAUCAUAGAUAAACAACUUGCUUUUGAACAUCCUGCUCUUAAGAACCAUACAAUUCAGAUGAAACCAACUUCUAUACCAGAGUGGGUGAAGGAUACUGAAGGAUCAAACCGUACACGUUCAUAUAUAGGACUCAAAGGUGAAGGAUGUCCUGUUGGAUCAGUUCCUGUUCGAAGGCUUCAACUUCAAGACAUAUUGAGAUUCAAUUCAGUUUCAUCUUUUGGAAGGAAGGAUAUCAAAGGAUCAGAACAUCAUUGGGCUGUGACACAAAGCCGUGGAGAAUUUUUGGGAUCCAGUGCAUCAGUUAAUUUAUGGAACCCAACUGUGUACGACGAUAGCCAAUUUAGCCUUUCUCAAUUGUGGAUUGCCAAUGAAGGGGGCAACUUGCCAAUUGAGACCGUUGAAGCAGGAUGGAUAGUAUAUCCUCAGUUAAAUGGUGACCGCAAAACUAGGUUGUUUGUAUAUUGGACAAGCGAUGGUUAUGAAAAUACUGGCUGCCAUAAUCUUUUAUGCCCUGGUUUUGUGCUAGUGAAUAAUGGAGUACCAAUUGAUACUACGUUCAGUGAAACGUCCACUUAUGAUGGUACAUCAUAUUAUGUUACUAUCACAGUCUUCCAGGAUAGCGAGACCCAGAAUUGGUGGGUAUUUGCUAACACAGAACAGAUGGGUUAUUGGCCAAAGGAACUGUUCAAUCGUUUAGCCAAUGGUGCAGCAAAUAGAGUUGAUUGGGGAGGUGAGGUUUAUAAUACAAAUCCCUCGGGCCUGCAAUGGCCUACAAUGGGAAGUGGUCAUUUUCCUGUUAGAACCAAUUUCUAUGGCAAGAGUUGUUCCACUUCCAGGAUACAGGUUCUCCAGCCAGACCUUCAGUGGGUUAACUAUGGUGACACUCGGCCUUAUGCAACUAAACCUAAUUGCUAUAAGAUAAUUGAUGCCAGGACACAACCUGAAUGGGAUAGAGUUAUCACCUAUGGUGGACCUGGUGGGACUCAAUGUUAA